CAUUACUCUUUGUUUUCGCUGCUGCUGGUACAGAGCAACUCAGCACGUAUUCGUUGAAUUCUUAUAGCUUGAAUACGACAUAUCAACAAACUGAUUAUACCCUUUGUACAAAUGAUCCAACAACCACUACAACACAGAUUACCAUGCCAACUUCUUUUACAAAUACUGCGAAGUUAGUUACAAGGUUUAUAAUAAUUACCGAGGCUAUCUUAGAGCCAGACACAGGGACCACUGCAUAUACCAAGAAUACAGUGGGCACUACUUCAAACACCGUACUAACUACGGACAUGGCUAUAGAGACUACGAACGUUGCUAGAGAACAAAACACUGCACUAACUAUUCGUACAGUUACUGAGACU